AUAUAAUACGUGUUUAUAACAUAUGAGCGGUUAGGUCAAACUGAAAUAAAAUGCCUUCCGGAAAUAAAGCUUUCUACGUCUUAUCGUUUGGGGUUCUUUUGAAUGUAUCGGCCUAUGCAGGAAUACUUAACUUGCAGAGCAGUAUAAACAUCGAACACAACCUGGGUACCUUGGGUGCAAGCAUUAUGUAUUUAUCUGCCGCUGCUGUAGCUGCGUUCAUUGCCCCUGUGCUGCUAAGAAUCAUCGGCGCCAAGUGGUCGCUUAUAAUUGGUGAAGCAUGUUUUGUUCCCUACAGUCUGAUGAACUUUCACCCAGCUAUAUACACUGUGAUACCAUGUGCGGUCCUUGGUUCUCUUGGUGAAGGUGUAAUGUGGUCAUCAUCAAUAUACUAUGUUACCCAACUUGUAUAUAUGCAUUGGUCAACAACAACCAAAGAAGAGUGCAGUGAAGGGUCGACAUUAGAUGACGAGAGGAACAAAUGGUUUGGAACAUUCUAUGGGAUUUUAAAAUCAUCUUUGAUUUUUGGCAAUUUGGUUUCGUAUGCUGUUCUUUAUGGAGCAAAGAACUUGGGUGUUUCACCUCAUAAUGAAACAUCAUUGUUUCAACACAUUUCACAUUGUGGCAGCAAUUACCAAGCCAAACAGACAAAUUCAAGCUUGUUAAAGUACGUCCCUGCUAGCAGGUUAUCUGUAUAUCUUUUGACUACAUUGUUUACAAUCAUGCAAAUUGGGUCAACAGUUCUUCUCAUACUUUUCCUGCCAAAAAUACGGAUUGAACAAAAAAACUGUGAUUUGAAAACACCUGUAAGGGUUUUGGUAGAAACAGUCAAAGCAACUUUCCACCAAGCCCUCUCCAUAGAUCAGUUAUUGCUCACUCCAAUAUGCUUCUACUUUGGCUUGUUGGUCUCAUAUGCAUUUUCCAAUUUUACAGCAGGAUUUGUGUCCUGCACAAUUGGUGUGCAACAGGUUGGUUUGGUUAUGGCCACUUACGGAUGUUUCAACUGUUUGGCAGCAAUUGGCGUGGGAAAAGUUUCGCACUGGUUUGGUGUUGCGCCGAUUUACAUAAUUGGAUUAUGUUUUGAUUCAUGUAGCAUGGUAACUCAGUUGUUUUGGACACCUACCCCAUCAAACAAGUACUGGGUUUAUGCGUUCGGGUGUUUGCUUGGUGUAUCAGAUGGCAUUUGGCAGACUACAACAACAGCUACGAUUACAUCUGCUUUCGCACACUGUACUGAACUUGCUAUUGGUGUUAUGGAAAUGUGGAUUGCACUGGGCAUGUUUUGUGGCUUUCUGUUGGGUGGGAGGGUUGUCAUAUUCAAGCAGAUAUGCUUAUUAUUAGGACUUCUCUAUGUUGGGUGUGCAGGCUAUGCAAUCUUAGUAUGGAAAAACAAACGAAAAGAAAAACUUAGCAAAACAGAGAUGCAUAAGUUGAUUAAACAUACGGUGCAAUAAACCCUUUAAUUUAAACAACCUUGUUUCUAUUUUGCUUUUACUAAAGUGAGAAUAUAAACUUUACUUUUUUAUAAUACAAAACCUUUUAAACAAAGAAAACAAACUUGUAAUAACUGUAAAAAUGCCAUUUGAUAAGAAUUGAUUAGGAAAGACUUUAAUGCAAUAAAUGUGUAACCCAA